AUGUGUGUCUUGAAGAUGCAAGAAUCGAUGCACAGCACAUUCCACGAAAGUCUAUACAGGCAGGAGCACAGUACUGUACGCAGCGGUAUGCACCACAUUGCAGACUGCUGGAUAAAUCUGCUGGGAUACGUGGGGCAAAGCAUGGAGAUGAGGAGUCAAACUCUAGCCAGGAACCUUCAUAUCGUUAUAUCACAGUUCGGGAAAAUGCCCAUGUCAUUCGAGAGAGGCUACGCCAGCAAGGCCAGUUAA